ACUUAGAUGACGAAUGAUAUAAAAACCCCCACAUGAACACAAUUCUUCAUCGCCAUGCAAACGGUAGGGAUUGCAGACCACGACCUUUUUGGCAUUUGCGCCGAAACGAAAAGAAAAGAAAACACAAAAAAGAAAAGAAGAGGAAGAACCAUGACAUCAAAGAACCCAGAAACCCCUCUCAUAGUAGACAUCAAAUCCUCGUCAACAAAGCCCUCGGAGUCCUUCACCGAACAAUCUCGCGGCAACGCAACAUGGCACACCCUCGUCUCCGCCCCAGGCACAGUCACCGACUCCCUCAGCUCCGGCGUAGCAACCUGCCCGCCCAAUGGCAGCCUGGCGCUGCACCGCCACAAGCAGGCCGAGAUAUACUAUGUGCUCUCCGGCAGCGGGCAAGUUGAGAUUAACGGCGUCCGGCACGCCGUGUCCAAGGACCACCUCGUGUGGAUCCCCGGGGACGCGGAGCACGGUGUGUUUUGCGACGGCGGGGAGACGAUGACGUGGCUUUAUGUGUUUCCGGAGGGCAGGUUUAGUGAUAUUGUGUAUCGGUUCAAGCAUGAGGUUUUGGGGGAGCCUGAGAUUCGGGCGAAGCUUUGAUGGGUGGAGUUUAAGGUGGGAAUUAUCAUCGAAUGUAGGGAGACACAUCGGAAAGUUUGUAACGAAGUACUUGUGAGCCAAAUCAAUUUGGAGGACUUCAAGAGAGACGGACUAUUGGUGGAAAAUAUGUAAUGUUGAAUGAAGAGUGAGAACUUCAAUAUCCUGCCUGCAUGUACCUCCCGUAUGAAUGCUCUCUAAGUGUUUACUGGACAGUAGGAGCCAAAGCCUCAAACUCCUUA